AUGGCAUCCCUCGAAAGUUUGCGCCAGAUAUGGGCAGAUGUCCUCGGCAUUGAAAAUGACAAAUUUACGGAUAGCGAUAAUUUCAUGACCUUGGGAGGUAAUUCAAUCAAAGCUAUUCAGUUUUUAGGCGAAAUCGCGUCUUUCAUCGACACAAUCGACUUGGCCACUUUUCUUAACAAUGCAACAUUUAAAAAUAUAUGGGACACUAUAAGUGCGUAUCAGCAAAGCGUAAAUGGCGAGACUGCGAAGAAAAGUACACGUAUCGAGCCGAUCGAAACGAUGGACAGCAUCGCUGCUGAUAGCAUGGUUGGCAUAAGCUCUGGCCAACUUGCCUCAGCCCUGGAACGAGUUGGGGUCGCAGAAGAUGAUGUUACGCAAGUUGCGCCAGUGAGCUCUAUUCAAGAGUUCUUUUUACAUCAUCAACAAAAUGGCGGCACAGGAUGUAUAAACUACAUCUACGAAGUUGAAGGGCCCAAUCUGAAACAAGGCUUGAAGCAAUUUACACACUUGCUGGAAAUGAAGAAUCCAAUUUUCCGUACAACCAUCAUCAGUCCAGGCGAAAAUAAGUUUGCAUUGGCUUUGCUUAAAGAAACGGCGUCACAUUGGUCUUAUCCUUCCAGCCUUCGAUCUCUCCUUGACAGCACUACUGCUCAGAAACUUCAGCUGGGCGCUCCAGCCGCGCGAUAUGCUCUUGUGCUUGGAGAUGCAGCCCACCAAGGCCGUAACUUUUUCGCAAUCUCUUUAUAUCACACUCAUUGCGAUGCUUUCACGCGUUUCCUCAUCGACAAAGAAAUAUCGCAAAUCCUGCAAUCUCCGUUCAAAUAUGCAGGAGCUGAGAAUAUCGAACGCCCGUGGUUUGGCGCUUUUGUCAAACAUCAGCACCUCAUUGCACCGCAGGAAGAGGUCAUGAAAUUUUGGGAAAAUUAUUUGCGUGGCGCAAAUGUUGCCAAUAUCCAUCCACUUGACCAAGCUGUGGUGAGCGGAAGCGUCGAGAAUGUCUUAAAGGACAUGCUUCCAGUUCCCUUUAGCAAUCCCCAGCCCAACGGCGAUACGCCAAGGAACCCAACACAAGUCAUCCUCGCUGCAUGGGCAAUGGCCCUGGCAAAACUAUCAGGACACCGAGACAUCACGUUUGGCCUCUGUCGCCACGGAAGAUCUUCGAAUACGUUUGCCGACGUGUGGCGUGUCAUGGGGCCCUUGGUUAAUGCGGUACCAUUUCGAAUUUCUGUACAGAGCAAGCAGGAGCCUAUAACAGAGCUACUACAGCGAGUCCAAGAUGACAUUACGACCACAACCAAGUGGGAGCAGGGGUUUGCUCCUGGUGUGGUCCCCAGCGCUGACGGGCGGCCUUGGGUGCAGUCUUUUGUCAAUUUGAGAUCCGAGUUGAACAAAUCCAAGGAUGUGUGCGGCACAGAUGCCAGUGAUUCAGAUGUCACUAAGAUUGUCCCCAGGCCAGAUCUGGAUAAUUUCAAUACUGACUACCACUGGGCUGUCAUAUUGAUGGUCAAACGGCAACGCAAUCAAUACGAAGUCUCGAUGCUGUACAACUCAUCGCUUAUUGAUCAUAGGCGAGCAAACACUCUAUUCGCCGAUUUCAAGUCACUUAUGAGUACAUUGGAAGCAGAUGUUGACAUAAAUGUGGGAAGUUUAUUAGAUCGGCCCCAAGUGGCACUCUAG